AUGAUAUUUGUUUUUGGUGCUGGUUAAUGCAACAGCAGCCUAACAACGCGCCAAUGGAUGAAGCGAUAUAAUCAUCAGUCAGGAAAGAUGUUUUCUAUGAAGAAUUUUUGGCCUUUCACCGUGCUUCUUUUUUCAUGGAUUUCUGAAGUACACCUCCGAAAUUAUAUCCCACGGUUUGAAACGACUCAACUCAUUCAAGUUCAAAAAGGGCAGUAUGUGGAAAUAAGCUUCGAAAUAUGGACAUAUGCCUCUGGAACACCUUGUGUUGAUGAAGAAUAUCUUGAGAUCCGUGAUGGUUAUAAUCAGUCUGCCAAUCUACUGGGUGUAUUUUGUGGAAAUGGAACUACUGGCAUCCGACGAUCCAGUGGGCGAAACUUGUGGUUAAAAUUUUCUUCUUCUGAUGGAUAUUGGUUUCAAAACAACUCCUACUACAGCGGCAAGGAACUGAAUGAGACGACCACUCCAAACCUGAAGCUCGUACCAAAGACGCAGUUUGUCCUUUUUAAACAUUCUUCAUCUCUGUGGUGCCCGGCAGAAGGUGGACCAGCUCCAUACAUUGUGUGGAGAAAGAAUGGAGCCGUUGUGCAAAACAGCACGAGUGUAAGAUACUGGCUCACCAUUACUGAGGAAGAAGAGAAUCCAAACUACAGCUGCGAGGUGGAAACCCACAAUGGACUAGACCAGAAAAACAUCAGUCUUGUUAUCGAAAGGUGCCCAGAACCAUGCCAAUGCACUGUUCUGGAAGGUAACAUAGAGGGCUUUAUAUCGGUAAAUUGCGAAAGAAAACUGCUACACUCAGUUCCACAGAACUUACCCGGAACUACAAUAAAACUGGUCGUAUCCGAAAAUCAAUUGGAGGACUUACCCCCCAGAGUUUUCAGCGGGUUGAAUUGGCUUAGCACACUAGACUUGUCCAAUAAUCAUUUGAAAGACUUCCCCCCUGGAGUUUUCGAUGAAACGAGACAUUUGACGAGAAUUUGGCUGGGAAAUAACAACUUUAAAGAAUUGCCUGAAGAUCUGUUUGUUGGACAGGAUAGAAUAAGAUUCUUGCGGAUGAAAGGCAAUCAGUUACAACAGCUACCACGAAACAUAUUUAAAGAUUUGUCGAACAUAGAAGAACUGGACCUGUCCUACAACAAGUUGCAGACACUGCCUGAAGGCUUUCUUAAUCAUAGUACUAGGCUGAGGGAACUAUUUCUGAACAACAAUAACUUAAGGAAGUUGCCGUCUAAUUUUUUACCCAUGUUAGCACAGAUGGCUAAUUUUUCAAAUCUAACCUUCGACUUCAACAAACUGGAGACGCUGCCUCAUGAUAUCUUCAAGUUUCACAAACUCUAUGAUUUGUGGCUAGGAAAUAACAACUUUAAAGAGUUGCCUGAAGAUCUGUUAGAGGGACAGAAUCAAUUAAGAUACUUGCGGUUAAGCGGCAAUCAGUUAAAGGAGCUACCAAGAAACAUAUUUAAGCAUUUGCCUGACUUGGAAGAAUUGGACUUGUCCUACAACCAGCUGCAGAAGUUGCCUCGGGAUGUUCUCAGUAAUAAUGUUAAGCUGAAGAAACUGGAUGUUUCAAAUAACAAUCUCCAAUGUCUGCCGUGGGAUGUCUUCAGAAAUGUUACUCAGCUAAAAAUGCUCUUUUUGUCCAAUAACAAACUUCGGCAUUUGCCAAGUUUCCGAAAUCUUUCCCAACUGGCAAUAUUAUACACGAGCAACAACAGCCUCUCGACUCUGGCUUCUGAUCAGUUCCAGGGAUUGUCAAAUCUAAGAGACUUGGCUGUUUACAACAACAAAAUCCAGUAUCUGCCACCAAGGGUUUUCGAAGGCGCUAAAAACUUGCUUUCUAUGAACUUUCAUCUAAACAACAUCCCCACCUUGAAUAACGUUAUAUUAAAAGAUGUAGCACCAAAUAUUCAAUUCCUGUACUUUCACAACAACGAAAUGCGAGAAUUACCUGAAGGUUUCUUCUCAAAUAUGAAGGACUUGACAACAUCGACUGUAGACACCAAUCUUAUGUGCUGCCAUUUGACUAAAGAAGACGCGGAUUGCGAUUUCGUUUACGUCGACAGCUUCGCAAAUUGUGAAAGUAUGUUUCGCAAUCCAGCUCCAAGGAAGUGCAUUUGGGUGAUUGGAAUUCUUUCGUUGGUUGGAGCUGUUUUUGUUAUUGUGUGGCGGCUGAUGUUCAAGGAGAAGAAGAAGAAAAACAAGAUCCAAUCUAUCAUGUUGAUGCAUUUGGCGGGGUCAGAUGGACUGAUGGGUGUCUAUCUCAUCAUUGUAGGUGUGAUGGAUGCCAUUUGGUCAGGGCAAUAUUUCUUGCACGACUUUCCGUGGCGUUCAAGUCUGUCAUGCCAGAUAACAGGUGCCAUUGCAUUGUUAUCUUGUGAGGUGUCAGUGAUGCUGAUUGCCAUGCUGUCUGCCGACCGGGUUAAAAAUAUUGUGUUCCCCUAUCGUGGUAGGUCACUCUCAUGCAAGGUAACCCACCUUUUGUGCAUCAUUAUUUGGAUCAUCGGUUGCAUUAUUGCAUUUCUUCCCACGGUGGGCUACGAUUAUUUUGGUAAACCCCAGAAAGGUCACCAUUUCUAUGGCAGGUCAGUUGUGUGUUUGCCACUGCAGCUUUCAUCAGACAAACCGGCGAGGUGGGAGUACUCGGUUGCCAUGUUUGUGGACAUAAAUUUUUCUCUUGUUUUCUCUGUCAUUAUUGCCUAUACGAUGAUAUUGUAUAAUUUCUACGCUUCAAGUCGGCGUAGGGCUCAGCAGGUGACAAAAAGUGAGAAGAAAGCCAGGUCAAAUACAGCCCAUAGAAAAAGAGAAACCGCGAUCGCCAAAAGGGUGUUCGUUAUCGUCCUUACCAACUGUCUCUGCUGGCUUCCUAUCGGGGUGAUUGGAAUGAGGUCUCUCUUGGAAAAGUCCUUCUCAACACCUGGUGACUUGACUGUCUGGAUAGCAGUAUUUGUUCUACCCAUAAACUCCGCCUUUAAUCCCAUUUUGUACACCUUCUCUACGCCACAGGUUCGAGGCAUCCUGAAAACCAGAUUCAGACCGCUCUGGAGUUAUUUAAUUGCAAAGUGUCGACGGAAUCAAAACAACGAAGGUCAAGAAAAGGGCAUAGAAAUGAAUGUCAUGGAAGAAGUCCAAAACCAGGAAGAUGUGGAAAGCGAUGACAGUGAUGAAAAAUCCGAAGAUGAACGAAGUGACCAUCAGCAACAAGCAAAACCAGGUGACCAUGGAGAACCCGCUGAACAACAGGAAGGUGAAACUGGAGGACAAGAGCAACCAAAAGAAGACCAUGAUGGGCAUGAAGAGAAGAAAGAUAAACCUGAUCAACAAGGAACAAAAGGGGAUCAUGAAGAAAGUGAACAGCAGCACGUGGAAACUGAUCUAAGAAAACCAAAGGUAGACCCUAAAGAAUGCAAAGAGCAGAAAGUUGAACCUGUAAAGAGGAAAGGACAAAAAGAGGAUCAUGGGAAACCUGAAGAGCAGCAGGUUAAGCUUGGACAGGAAAAAGCAUCCAAAGGAGGAUCGAAAGAGAAAACCGAGGAAGACACAGAUGAUGAACCAUUAGAACACGAGUUGCUUAUUGUUGAUAAAGAACAAGACAGACAGGAUGACAAUAUAUCAGAAGGCUCAGGGUGAAAAUCUCCAAGGGCACAACUGGCCACGUUUGAUGAUGACCAUGACCUCCACGAGUUCAUGGAUUUGCUACAAGAAACAAUUCUGUAACUGGCAGCACUGCUCGAUGCCUUCUCUAUCAAACUCCUGCUGAGUAAGCCGUUUCAGUAAUAGAAGAAUGCAACAUUUUCUCCGGUUAUUUAUCUCAAGGAGUUGGUUUUAAUUGUUCCUUAGAGUUUUCGGUUAAGCAGUAACACCAGGUUUGAUGUAGAAAUACCUUAAAAAGUCGAUAUUUCUCUUAGCAUUACUUCAGUGCUUUACAUGAAUAUCCAAGUAUGUGUCUUAAAGCGUAGCAUAUAUGUAAUUGAUAUAUAGCAGAUGUUAGUGUAUGGGAUUGCCUCAGUAGACUUAAUGAAAGAUAGCAUGUCAUUUUGGCCGAGCAACAAACAUGCUGACUUGGCUGUUAUAACAUAGGAGAGAUAAUGUUACAAGCUAAGCUUUCUUCUCUAACCAGUUGUCAAAAUUUAUAUAAAAUCUCAGUUUCUCCGUAGUAUGAUUAAUUUUGAUCUCAUCAAGACAUUACAAGGGAAAAAAAAUUGUAAGUAGAGGAUAAAUUGAAAAAAGGCUUGCUCACAUUAGAGAUGUGCUCUCAGAAGCAUG